AUGGCAGAGUCUGGCAGAAGGAGCAGGUCAGGGCCUAGUGCGGGACAGGCCGCCAGCAGGAGGGAGCUGAUCUCCCGGUCUAUACAGAGUGCGGAGCAGUGUCUGCGGGAUCAUGACUAUGGCACAGCCUAUGCUCACCUUCUUACUGGUCCUCAGCCUGGCCCCGGACAUGAAAUCACACUUCAAGGAAACCUUUCAGUAUGCACUUUUCAAAUGGGCUGAAGAGCUUUAUACUUUAAAUAGAAAUCAAGAUUUAUUUAACUGUUAUGAGCAAGCAUUUGAGCUUUAUCCAAAUGAUGAUGUGAUUUGUAACAGCAUGGGCGAGCAACUCUUCAGACUUGGUUUUCGAGAUGAAGCAGCUGAUUAUUUCUACAAAGCCUUGAAGCUUAACCCAGACAGUGCUGAUGCCAAAGAAAAUUUCAAUCGCGUAGCAAACUGGUUGGUGGAACGCUGGCAUUUCAUCAUGCUUAAUGACAAGAAGAGGAACCAGAUGUAUCAGAAAGCUAUUGAGAAGGCCGUACAAGCCGGCUGCAGAACUGUGCUGGAUAUUGGCACUGGUACCGGAAUUCUAAGCAUGCUUGCAAAAAGAGCGGGUGCUCCUCAUGUUUAUGCCUGCGAGCUGUCUAGAACAAUGUAUAACCUGGCCCGUGAGGUGGUGGCAGCCAAUCAAAUGCAAGAGGAGAUCAAGCUACUGCACAUGAAGUCUCAUGAUAUACAAGUCCCCGAACACAUCCCUGAAAAGGUUUCACUUGUUGUCACAGAAACUGUGGAUGCUGGUUUGUUUGGUGAAGGUAUACUGGAAACUCUAAUUCAUGCCUGGAAAAACUUACUUUUAGAACCAAAGCACAAAACCUUGCACUGUAAGUCAUAUGGACAAGUCAUACCUGCGGGUGCUGUUGUAUUUGGAAUGGCUGUGGAAUGUCCAGAGAUACGUAGACAUCACAGGGUGUUUGUAAAUGAGGUUGCUGGAGUGAAGCUCCAAUUGCAGUUUUCCAGUCCUGUACAUAGCAGUCAUAAAAGUGAUGAUGUAGCAGAACCAUAUUCUACAGAAAAAAUGAGCAGAGUGCCUGGAGGAUAUAAAGCACUGAGUCAAUCCUUCCAGGCAUUAACAGUGGACUUCAACAGCCUGCAGGAUUUGGAAAGCAUUGCUUCUGGAAAGACCUGCCAAAUCCCAGUUCAAAUCCAUGAACAAGGGCAGCUUGAUUGUUUUAUAACUUGGUUUUUCCUUCAUUUGGAUGAAGAGCACACUCUGUCAACUGAACCCAGUGAAGAAACUUGCUGGGAACAAGCAGUCUUCCCUAUUCAGAACCUCUCUGCUGAUGGCUGCUUUGUGAACCCUGGGGAUAUAGUAAUAGUUGAUGUUUCCUGCCCUAACUGCUAUUUAAGAUUAGAUCUAGUCUCUGUUUCUAGAUGUGGCAAAUUUGAUCAUAGCAUGUCUUCUUGUAACAUGCUAUCUGGAAAUGAGACUGAACUGUGUAAUGCCUUGGCCAGCCUUCAUACUAGCAACCAGGACAUGCCGUGCAUCCUGGAUCCUAUUGAGAUUGCCAUGCUAAACAACACUGCAUAUCAUGAGAGCUUCAAGGUGGCUAUCAAUAAAGUUAUAUCUUCCCUGGCACCAGGAGACCAUUGGGCUCUAGCAUUGGUGCAUCAUCCCCUGAAGAACAUUACUCUGAUGCACUGUACGUCCUUGACGUAUCUGAAGGAUUUUCCAUUUUACCCUUAAUUGCUGCCCAACUAGGAAAAGUAAAAUCGUACAGCUCAGUGGAAGAGGAACAGCACUGUGUUGCUUUGCAGAAACUGACAGAAAGGAAUGGCAUGGCUAAAGAAAGUCUAGAGUUCUGGUUGAACCAACUGGAUACAGAUGAUGAUGUCCUACGGAGGCCAAGGUCUGAUAAGUUAUGGAGUAUCAUUAUUUUAGAUGUGGUUGAGCCCUGUGGCCUGAUCAGACAAGAGGUGAUGGAAAAAGCAGCAAUAGCAAGGUGCUUACUUCAGUCUGGAGGAAAGAUAUUCCCCCAAGCUGUGGCUAUAUAUGGUAUCUUGAUAGAAUCUCACACCUUACUACAGGAGUGUGCUGUCCAAGGUAUAGAGCCUACACUCGGCUUCAGUAUAGCACCGUCCAUUAACCAUUUUAAGGUACCUGUCCAGAUGUUCCUGAAUUUAUCCACUCUGCCUUGUGUUUCUCUAAGUGAUCCAUUAGAACUGCUCAGGCUGGAUCUUAUGGACCCAUGUUCAAACAGCUUCAGCUUCAUUAAUGAACUAAAGGUCAAAAUCUGUAAAUCAGGACAAGUUACAGCCAUUCCCUUCUGGUAUCAUCUCCACCUUGAUGAAGACAUUAGCUUGGACACCUCCCAUGUGACAUCACAUUGGAAACAAGCUGCAUUUGUGCUGGACAGCCCUCUCCAUGUGGGACAAGGAGAGGAGCUCCUGCUUGGAGUGCAUUUCCAGAACAGUAACGUCAGCAUGACUUUGAAACGGCUACAGCAAUAA